AUGCUGCAGGAAAUCGUCGGUGUAAACCACGACCUUAUCAGUUUCGAUCCCAGAGGUGUUGGCGCAUCCAUCCCUAGAAUCCAGUGCUGGUCAACACCACAACAGCGCCAAAACUGGGGUCUUCAAGACCCCGGAGUCCUCGACUCCCACGAAGGCAUCGUUGGAGAACUCUUUGCCCGAGCGACGGCAUACUCCCAAGCAUGCGAGAGCGCAAUGAAAGCCUCUGGCAUCCUCGAGCACUCGAGUACCACCCCGACCGCUAGGGACAUGCUCGAGAUCGUGUACCAGACCGGGUACAGCAAGCUCAAGUACUGGGGUUUCAGCUACGGCACCAUCCUCGGCGGCGUUUUCGCGGCCAUGUACCCAGACAAGGUAGAGCGUUUGGUCAGCGAUGGCAACGUUGACUAUAGGGAGUGGUUUAACUCGGAACACGUCAACUUUAUUCGCGACACAGACAAGGUUCUCUUCGCUUUUUACGAGUUUUGCUAUCAAGCUGGGCCCGAAAAAUGCGCCUUUCACGGUCCCACUUCGGAAGCCAUCAUGGGGAGGUUUGUUGACCUACUCAACGCCCUGAAGAGUCACCCAGUCAUCGUUCCGGCCGAUCCAGAGGAAGGUCCUGAAGUACCCAUGCUGGUCACCUACUCCAAGGUCAUGCGUCUUCUCUCGACAACGCUCUACCAGCCGCUGGAGCAGUUCGAGAAUUUUGCCAACAUCAUUGCCGCGCUAGAGAAGAAGGACGGGCGGCCUUACUACAGACGCUAUAAUCCCAGCAAGCCUGCCCCGGCCCCGGCUUGCGCACCGCAGCCGGUCUCGCCGUUCGAGCCGCCCCCGGGGAUUGUCGAAGGCACCGGAGAUGCCUUCCCCGUCAUCAUGUGUGCCGAUCACCCCGCUGUCAGUAACAUGACUCUCGAGGAGAUUCAACGAGAGACGGAUGGAAUUCUGGAGCUUAGUCCAGGAACUGGAGCUACGGAGGUGCCGUACCAGAUGACUUGUAACCAGCGAACUACACGUCCCCGCUGGCGAUUUAGUGGGCCCUUUGAGGGCAAGACCAGCCACCCCAUUCUGUUCAUCGCCAACCAGGCCGACAACAUCACUCCGCUAGUCAGUGCUCGCAACAACUCUGCUGGAUUCCCCGGAUCAAGGCUUCUAGUCCAAAAUUCAUUUGGCCAUACAACUCUCGCAGCCCCCUCAGAAUGCACCAGAGGGCAUAUCAGGGCUUACUUCCAAAACGGAACACUGCCGGAGCCCGAUACAAAGUGCGAAGGCGACUCGCAUCCAUUUGGGCCCCUUGCCGAAACCGGAGUUCAAUUCUACCAACCACCGCUGUUCAUAUAG